AAAAUCGUGUCCUGAACAGAAACCCACUCACCACUUCUGACACCAUGAGCUUCUACGGCAGGUCCUACGGAGGCCUGGGCUUCAGCUAUGGAGGCUUUGGCGGCCUGGGCUAUGGCUAUGGAUGCGGAUGUGGCAACUUCCACAGACUGGGCUGUGGCUCUGGACACAGAGGCUAUGGAUAUGGCUCUGGACACAGAGGCUAUGGAUAUGGCUCUGGACACAGGGGCUAUGGAUAUGGCUCUGGCUAUGGAAAUUUCAGAUAUGGCCACCCAUCUUACUAUGGUGGCUAUGGCUUCUCUAGCUUCUACUGAACUUGUGAUCUAGUAAAACAACACAUUCUACAAUUAAUGGAUUUGCUAAAACAUUCUCAAGUCAGUCUUCUGAGGUUAUCCUAUGUUGUUUAAUAUAUAAAAUCUAAACAUUUCAGAGAAUUCUUUGUUAUAAAUGUUACAUCAUCUCUCCUUGAAGCCUUAUUAGAUUGCCUAACAGCUCAUUUAUGUUAUAUAUUUUCAAUAAAUGAUAUAAUUUGAAAUAGAAAAUAUGGUUUCUAUACCUCAUUUAUAUGUAUAUCCACAUGUCAGUUUUACUAAUUGUCAAGUCUGAUACAAUACACAUUCAAUUAUAUGCAUAUGCUGCAUGUAAUACA